UAACAAAUAGCAGCUGCUCUGCCUGCUCAAUGAGAUUCACGAAUCGGCGCGAGAAAGAUCUUUCUCAAAAGCUAAAAUGAAUGUUUUGAAAAAAUCGGCAGCCAGUUCGACUUUUCCACCGGUCUUAUCUUUAAAUAUCGGAGGAACGAUAUACACGGCUUCAUUGACGACGCUCACGAGAUGUUCAAAAUCUAUGCUCGCCGCUAUGUUUAGCGGCCGUAUGCCUCUCGAGACAGACACAAACGGCAACUACUUCAUCGACAGAGAUGGCAAGCUCUUUCGCCACGUUUUGAAUUUCCUGCGAUCUGGGCAGCUUCAUCUACCAAAGGGGUUCGCCGAACUUGAACAGUUGAAGCAGGAAGCAGAGUUUUAUCAGCUGAAGGACAUGAAGGCUCACCUGAAUAAAAUUUCCUGUGGACAAGCACAGACAACUCAGGCGAACCAAGUUAGCGGGUGUUAUGAGCAUAUCGAGUUGGUCUGUCGUCCACGGUUUGUUGAAAUAUUUGGCAAUAAAACCACGAUGGAAGAAUGUUUUCAGAAGUCUAUGUUCUCUCCCUUCGUGACGGUGGAAUGCACAACAACGACAGAAGGGACAGCGAACCUCGAAGUCAAAAUCACGAAUCGUCGCGGUGACUUUGUCGGCAAUGAACCGAAGACAACGAUAUUGCAAGCGCUAGGAAAGAAAGGGUUCAAUGUGGUCUCUGCGGGGUAUUUACAGGAUCAAAAGAGCCCAGCUAUUAGGGAAGUUAUUUUGCUAUCGAGAACUGUGUCGUAGUCGGAUUUACUUCGUAAUUGCAUUGCAUACGUGGAGUCUUCAUGCAUAAAAUAUGUAUACAUUCAUAUAUAAUCAUAACAUUUAUGCAUCAAAAUACCGGAGGGUUUGGAGCUAGCAAAGUGCGUUAAGAGAUCGAGAGAGAGAGAGGGGGGAGGAGGAGGCAUGUCGUCGAACACAUUGACUGUGGGUAUAUAUGAACGAUGCGACGACUGCAUUUAUAUCGAAGUCUCUACACGAAACUUAUCAAAUCAUCGUAGAAGAGCAAGGAAAGAGAGAGCGUAGAUAGAUAAUUCCAAUUGAAUUGCAUGGUUUUCGUCCUGUAACAACAUGUGUUUAGAUCAACAUCAGCAGACUGAAAUCAAGUGUGCCAGAGGACUUGUCCCUCAAUGUCUGGUUCUAUUUAGUCGUGGAGGUGUCACCAUGGAUGAUGUGAUAGAAUAUUUCCUAGAUAAUAUUUCUAUGUCUGUGCAGUCAACAAUGACUGAUUUGAAUAAAUAAAGACUGCAAAUUUAUACCCGGUGACUAUUUUUCACCGGUAUAAAAAUUAUUUGUUGACGACAAUUAUGAAAUUUCUCAAUGGGCCACGAUUUAUAAGCUGUUUGUCGCUCCAAUUUCGGAGGAAAUGAUAUGAAGGAUACGAUAUGAUGAACUAUAGAAGUAGAGCACAGAAAAGACAUAGCCUAAGAUCACCGCAAUACGUGUUUAAUAAAUGACCUAAGAAAUUUAUGAUCAUUAGUUCUUGUUAAGCAGUGUAAUUAUAUCCUAUGAAUUUAAUCAAAUC